AUGUAUUCAAUAGAAGUCACUGUGGUGUGGCUCAUUCCUACUUCCAUCUAUUACCUGGCGCGCCGUCACUGCAAAGGCGAACAUGAGGAUCAUAAGAAGUUACCACAUGGAAAGGUGAUUGCGGGGCGGUGGAAAAUCCUUGAAAAGCUCGGUGAAGGCGGUAUGGGAGCCGUAUACAGAGUGGAAGACAAAAACCGCAAAAAUUUUCAAGCCGCUCUCAAGGUAGAAGAUGACCUCUAUGAAGGCGGUGUUUUGAAAUUAGAAGUGUAUGUGCUUCAGCAACUACAAAAAAUGAAGGACACCGUCAAGUUGUAUGACUCGGGUAAACGGCAAAAAUAC